AUGGUAAACAGGAUACCAAUGAAAAAGACAUAUAUGACGGAUACAUCAUCAUCGCAUUGGGUCGAAUCGCUUUUUCCACCGCAAUACUCCAUUCGAGAUUACCGUUCGACAUUUCAACCCGAUCAUCAACGUGUACGUCGGUACAUAACGACAUUGUCAUCAUUUGAUGCACCGACAUUAGCUGCAAUUUAUGAGCAAUCCUAUCUGUUUACAUUAAUUCAACGGUUAGCUAAACAGGAAGAGGAAGAGCAAAAUAGAAGUAAAACAAAAACCAAAGCAAAUCAGACACAACCGGUUGAUUCCAUACUCGACAUUCGUCUCAUUCGUGCGUAUCUCGAAAAGCACAAAGACAAAGAUGAUAAGCCUGAACAAACAGAAAACCUAUGGACGUCCGAUGAAAUCGCCACGAUUCGAUCGGCUUAUGUGAAAGUUCGUGAUGAUUAUCUACGCGUCAAAUCCGAAAGUGAUUACUAUCGAAAUCAAAUGGAAACUCUCCAAGCGAAAUUGAAUGAAACCAGUCAAAUAUACGACAAACUUCGAGAAGAACAUCUUGCCUUGCAAAAAGUACAUACACGUUGGACAAUGCGAACGAAUGCGUCGGAACAACUCAUCGACGAACAACGUCGUGAAAAUAAGGAACUAAAAGAACAUAUGGAAAAACUAACCGAACAGAAUGAAUUCUACCGUCAAAAUCAAUUACAAAUGCAGAGUACUUUACUAGAAAAACAAGCACGGAUUGACCAUUUCGAACGCAAAAUAGAUCAUUAUGAUAAAACAAUCAAAUAUGAAUGUGAUCGCCGUAUUGACCUUGUGGAAAAACGUUUACAAACCGAUAAAGAGCGAUAUCAAAUCGAACAAAAUAAACUACAAGGCAAACUCGACAAAGAACAAGAUUUACGACGACAGAAUUUAUUAGCACUUGAUCAAUUGAGAAAACAUGUUUCGCUGGCAACUCCUCCCCAAGAAAACGAACAGUCCUUAUGCGAUAUAAAACAUAUUAAAUAUGUUUCCUAG